AUGUCUAGCCAGUGCACUCUGCACAACUCUCUUAGAGACACAACACCCAAAUACAAUGAUAACUUAGUUGCAAGGAACAAUGGAAAAAUCAUUAAGAAAACAACAACUGUCAAGAAAACCACUACUUUCAAGAGACCAAUGCCAAUCAGCAGCAGAAAAGCAGACAUAACACUGGAAAUAAAUAUCCUGAACCACAAACACCUGAAGUCCAUGAGUGUGCUAGAAGCAAAUACGACUGACGUUAGCAUGAAAGGAAACCUUUCAGAUACUGAGGUGGCAAAGUAUUUCUUACACUUGACCAAGUACCCAGGAAAGACAACCAGAAAAAAAUCUGAUUUAUAUGGAAGAGAAUGGCAAGUAGUAACUAUAACAGAUGUCAAGGAAGCAUGCACAGACCCAAUAUCAGAGUUUAAAAACUCCAAACCAAGGUUAGCAUCAACACUCAACAUAUAUGAAACCAAUCAUAAAUCAGUCAAAAUCUGUAAUAUCCCUCAAUACUUUUCCAAGAGAGAUAUCACAACAGGAGCUACUAAAUUCAGUUCUAUUGAGUAUAUUCAGAUGCAAACAACAGGACCACACAAGUCAGCAGUAGUAAUCUUUACUUACCAAUCAGACUAUAACAUAGCCAUAAAUGAUUGGUCAGUAACAAUAGAGGACUCGAUGACAGCUCAAGACCUCAGUGACAUCAUGCAACAAGUCAGCACCAAAGUGUGUUACAUAUCACAAACUAACAAAAUGUGCAGAAGGUUUGCAAGUUUAAAUUUCACCUCCCAGAAGGACCUUACCAAAGCAAUAGCAACCAGAACAGCAAAACUUUGUCACUACUGUGGGGAUACACAACAUAUGAUUGCAAACUGCAAUGUUAAACCUCCGAACAACACUUGUACAAGAUAUGGGACACAUUCCAGAGACAGAUUCUCCACAUAUCGAGAGGAAACACACUACAACAAUGGAAACCAGUAUAGGAAUAAUGGAUUCAAUAGAAGUUAUGCUGAUAUAACUCGAGGGACCAAUAUAAACUGCUCCUCAAAUGGUAUGCUCCUUGCCCUCGUCCACUAUAUACAAGAAACAAUAACUGAAGUACAACACCAGAUAAGUCAACUAGAGAAAAGAGUUAGCAUAUUAGAGGAAGAUGCAGUAUAUAGAUACAUAACAAUAACUGAGACAGAAGACAUCAAAACAACUCAAAACCAGAUCAAUGAAAAACUCAACAAAAUGGAAGAAAUGAUGGCACAGUUCGCAGAACUAUUCAAUAACAAUCUUUCAGAUCAAAACAGCUGCCCUGAUUUGACUAGUAUUCAACAAUGA